GGCUCGGGGACCGACGGACCGAGCCACGGCCGGGAGCCGCCCGGGGCAGGGCUCGGGAGAGCGGGCUCCAGCAUGCGGCCCCAGCCCCCCAGGAGCCCCCAUGCUGCCCCGGCCCCCAGCGCGCUGUGCUAGCCUCCAGCCAGGGCGCGGGGAGGCGCGGAGGCCAUGGCCAGCCACGUGGACCUGCUGACCGAGCUGCAGCUGCUGGAGAAGGUGCCCACGUUGGAGCGGCUGCGCGCCGCCCAGAAGCGCCGGGCCCAGCAGCUGAAGAAGUGGGCACAGUACGAGCAGGACCUGCAGCAUCGCAAGCGCAAGCAUGAACGGAAGCGCAGCACGGGCGGCCGGCGAAAGAAGGUGUCCUUCGAGGCCAGCGUGGCCCUGCUGGAGGCCUCGCUUAGGAACGACGCCGAGGAAGUGCGCUACUUCCUGAAGAAUAAGGUCAGCCCUGAUUUGUGCAACGAGGAUGGACUCACAGCCCUGCACCAGUGCUGCAUUGACAACUUUGAGGAAAUUGUCAAGUUGCUCCUUUCCCACGGUGCCAAUGUGAACGCCAAGGACAACGAGCUGUGGACGCCCCUGCAUGCCGCGGCCACCUGCGGCCACAUCAACCUGGUGAAAGUCCUCGUUCAGUAUGGGGCCGACUUGCUUGCUGUCAACUCCGAUGGGAACAUGCCCUAUGACCUCUGCGAGGAUGAGCCCACCCUGGAUGUCAUCGAGACGUGCAUGGCGUACCAGGGCAUCACCCAAGAGAAAAUCAAUGAGAAGCGGGCAGCUCCUGAGCAGCAGAUGAUUUCCGACAUUCACUGUAUGAUUGCAGCCGGCCAGGACCUUGACUGGAUAGAUGCUCAGGGUGCCACACUGCUGCACAUAGCUGGAGCCAACGGAUACCUGCGGGCAGCCGAGCUCCUCCUGGACCAUGGGGUGCGCGUGGAUGUGAAGGACUGGGAUGGCUGGGAACCCCUGCACGCGGCUGCCUUCUGGGGACAGAUGCAGAUGGCAGAGCUAUUGGUGUCCCAUGGGGCCAGUCUCAGUGCUAGGACAUCCAUGGAUGAGAUGCCAAUAGACCUGUGUGAAGAGGAAGAGUUCAAGGUACUGCUGUUGGAGCUAAAGCACAAGCACGACGUGAUCAUGAAGUCGCAGUUGAGGCACAAGUCAUCCUUGAGCAGGAGGACGUCCAGUGCGGGCAGCCGCGGGAAGGUGGUACGUCGAGCCAGCCUGUCGGACAGAACCAACCUGUACAGGAAGGAGUAUGAGGGAGAGGCCAUACUAUGGCAGCAGAGGAGUGCAGCCGAGGAUCGGCGGACCUCCACCUACAAUGGGGACAUCAGGGAGACCAGGACAGACCAAGAGAAUAAGGACCCGAACCCCAGGCUGGAGAAGCCCGUGCUGCUCUCCGAGUUUCCUACCAAGAUCCCGCGAAGUGAAAUGGACGUGCCUGUUGAGAACGGCCUCCGGGCUCCGGUCAGCACCUACCAGUAUGCGCUGUCCAACGGGGACGUCUGGAAAGUGCAUGAGGUGCCGGACUACAACAUGGCCUAUGGCAACCCUGGCAUGGCCGAUGCCACCCCGCCCUGGAGCGGCUACAAGGAACAGAGCCCCCAGACGCUUCUGGAGCUGAAGCGGCAGCGGGCUGCAGCCAAGCUGCUCAGCCACCCCUUCCUGAGCACCCACCUGGGUAGCGGCAUGGCCAGGACGGGUGAGGGCAGCAGCGAAGGCAAGGCCCCCUUGAUCGGAGGCAGAACUUCCCCGUACAGCAGCAAUGGGACCUCGGUGUAUUACACGGUCACCAGUGGAGACCCCCCACUCUUGAAGUUCAAGGCCCCCAUGGAGGAAAUGGAGGAGAAGGUCCACGGCUGCUGCCGCAUCUCCUAGUCCCUGAGGGAUGGAUGCUUUGGGGAGAGGGUCCCUGGAAUCCAGGCCAGCCCAGCAGCCCUGGCUGGGGAGGCUUCAGAGGGCAGCUGCGGGGAGGUGGGCUCUGCUUUCCAGAGGAACGCUAACCUCACCUCUCAGCCAGCUGCCCAUAGCAUCACCACUUCCCGUGGUUCUGCUGCUUGCCGCAUUGUCUGCCAUCAAAAACAAGGCCCAUAGUGGCUUCCUGACUCAUCCUGCUGUCAGAUUUCGGGAGGGCGGGCUGGGAUUCCAGUUCUGUUGUUGGUAAAGGCUUCUCUGGACCAGUACUCACAUGUGACAUAUCAAUACACACACACACACA